GCUAGAGGGAGCUUAGUGACACACAGUGCAACACUGCCCACUCCUGGCUGCUCCAUGGCUCAGCUCCGAGCUCUGGCCGGAGAUUAUACAAGUUCUAGAAAAGUCCAAAGCCACAGGGCAUUUUAUGGGAGUGAAUCACAGUGCUAACAUCACCGCUAGGUCCUGUAUAAAUACCUAGCGGCGGACAGCCUCACUGCGCUUCAUCCGCUCUGAAGAGGCAAGAUCCACAGGGAGGUGAGUGGUCCUUGGCUGCCUGGAAAAUUGUGUCUCAUGUUUCAGGGUACCAGCACUGUGUGCAGAUGCCUUUUGCUGCAUAUUAGGAUAGGGUUAUCGUUGGAAUGAUAGAUUUCUCUUUCGAAUUCUACCUGGGGCUCAAGCUUUUAUUGUACCAUAGGUUGUUUAUUAUUAUCAAUAUGUUUAACUCUUGACCUUGCAGAAAUGUUGCACAGUGAUGGGACUGUAUUUCCUGUUUCUUACUCAUGGGUGACCUCUAGUAUCAACACUGCUGCAUCUGCCUGGAAAUGACCCAGAUAUGUACUGAGUAUAUCAAAAUAUUUUAAGGCUGCAAGCUUUAUCCAAUUUGCUAUAAAGAGUGUACACAUUUGGAUAAUUCAGUUCAACAUCUUUUGCUCAAAGGCACAAAUUCACUCUGAGUUAUAGAGAAUUGUUAUUGAGUUGAUAUUCUAGCUGCGCAGGGCAAGUUUGUGUGAGAUGGACAGAGCAGAGAGUAAUCAAAUCUGGACGCUGCAAUUCUCUGACCCCAUGUUUUUCCCUGUUAGGAGGUUAUUAACAUGUGCAAAUCCCUUCUAUACAGGACUCAGUCCAUCUGUGUGAUGGACCAGAAUUCUGUGUUCUACUUUUGAGUUCUAUAAUUAGAGUUCCGACAUACCAUUGAAUAUCUGGUGCCAAAAUUGGAAGGAUGCGUCAUUUUUUCUCCAAAUGAAGAGGACUUUUGUUUCUCAAUGAUUCAGUGUUUUCUUGUAAAUUGCACAGUGAGUGUUAAAUACACAAGGGAUUAUAGGGCUGCCUGGAAUAAUCACAGAGAUUAGUGGAGAAGGAUUUGUUUGUUUCUGUUCCACUCCAACAGGAGGAACGUACAAACGUUUAUCUGUCAGAUAAAUGUCUCCUAAUCCUCACAUUGUAUCCAUGUCUACAGGGCUCGUCUGACUCUAAUGUCUGUACCUUUAUUAACACAAUUUGAAAAGUAUCAAACGUGACAAAGGUAUAUGAUGUAAUGCAGAUUAAACGCACUGCAUCCUUUGAAUAACAUUUGCUAACGUUAGCAAAAGGUUUUAAGUUAUGCUGUGUCACACUUAGGGUUGCAAAGGGAGGGCAUAUUACUGGAAACUUCAGAAGUUUACCAGUAAACUACCAGAAUUUUGGUAUCUUUCAAGUAUUUUAUGUAAUCUAUCACAAGACAUCUAGUGGCCUUUUGGGUACUUCUAUCUCUGGCCUUCUGUGUGGCCUUCGCACAUGUAAAAUAUAUGAAAUAAUUAAAUAAGAUGAUAUUCAAAUAAAAAAUGUAAUGACAAAGCUGUAAAACAUUAUCUUUAAUAUAAACCAUCAACUUAGUAAAUACCAUUGGUGUUUAAUAUGAGGGUUUCAGAAUGAAAUAUCCUUUAUAUAUUUAUUUCUUUCACACUUAUUUAUUUUACUAUGUCAGUAUGUAUUUGUAUUACCAAAGUUACGAUAGAUUGCCAUAGAUUUUCUCUUAAUUACCAAAAUUACUGAAGAUUCCGGUAACUUUGUAACCCUAGUCACACUAUUAUUAUUGUUAGAUGUGCAACAUUACCCUCUAGUGGGUAUAAUCAACAUCACAACAACACCAAAGUCAGACGUGGACUAUGAGGUCAUUUUGCAGUGCUUUUCCUGAGGCGUAAUCAUUACAUCCAAAAUACCCUCAGCCCCAAGUAGCUUCCAUAGACUUUCCCCCCCAUAAAUGUAUUAGAUCUAGAUUUGCCAGUGACAUUGUAUCAUAUCUGUUUUUCAGGUUUGUACUGCAUCAGUCACUUGGUAUAUGAGAAACAGUAAGGAUGAAAGUCUUUGGGUCAAUAGUGGGCCUCGCCCUGCUCCUUGUCUCUGCUCAGUGUCUGCUGCCUCCAUCCAAGGACGAUCUAAGCCGUAAGUCAUCUGAGAACUAAGUAUUUUUUAAAUACUGAUGCGGGAUGUUCUGUGAAUAUUGAGUCCAUCGGAGUCACUGUGGAGAUUUAUUUUUAAGCAACAAUUCUUAUUGGCAGAGAUUUCCCUCCUUGGGAUGAAGUACCUGGACAAGCAGAUAGAGAAUGCUAUCAGUGGGGUGAAGGAGAUGAAGACCAUGAUGGAGAGGUCUGGAGAGGACCACGAGAAGUUCCUGAGUGCCUUGGAGAAAACUACACAGCAAAAAGAGGUACAGUGCAUUUGAGCAUCAUACUGGACAUGUUGAGCUUUUGUCACUAUUUUGGCCAAAAAUAAGUCAGUGAUCAACUUGCACAUUGUGUAAGCAAUUCAUCACCUAAUACAGGUUCCUGGGUGAGUGAUUACAGUAGUUCCAAACCACUGACCCUGUUGCUGUGCUUGUUUGUCAGGAUGCUCUGAAGGCAGCUCAGGAGAUGGAGACGAAGCUGAGUGAGGAGCAGGAGGUGUGUAAUGGCACCAUGCAGUCUCUGUGGGAGGAGUGCAAGCCCUGCCUGAAGAACACCUGUAUCAAGUACUACUCCAGGACCUGCAGUAGUGGCGCCGGACUGGUCGGGAGACAGGUACCGCCUCAACUACACAGAACUAUCAUCAAUCAAUCUCCACAUUGGUUUGCAAUUGUAGCUCAAAUAUGUUUUGUGAGCAAGACUUACACAGGGACAUGCAGUACAGCUGAUCAAUGUGCUUAAGCUAUUAUUAUACAAUCCUUCCAAAUAAAAUAGGUCACUGUUGUACUAGCUGCUUUGUCCUGUCUUCUCUCAGCUGGAGGAGGUUCUGAACAGGACCUCUCCAUUCUCCAUCUGGAUCAAUGGGGAGAACAUGGAUGUUCUGGAGCGGGAGGACCAGGAGCAGAGCUGGAGGUUCCAGAACCUGGAGGAGCGCUACUCGAAGGUGGCCGAUGGGGUGGACAGCAUCUUCAUGGACAGCAUGAGGGUGUUUGACCACAUGCGCUCCCUCAACCCUCCCAUGUUCCCCAGCCCCUUCCGCAUGCCCAGCAUCUGGGGUCAGGGUGAGAGGGCCAAUGAGAGAGCAGAGAGGGCAAAGGCAGGCGAGGUGCACUCCCGUGUGGUCAGGUCCCCUCUGCAGGACCCAGACUUCCAUGGGUUCCACAACAUGUUCGCUCCCAUGAUGGACAUGGCCUGGAAUAUCUUUGGCUCCAUGGGGCCUGUCAUGGACACAGAUGCUAACUUUGACAUCAACCCCUCAGAAGGUAUGCCUCAGUCCUAAUUAAACAAUUGUUAUUCGACCAUAAUAUGUUGUGAAGAUUCACAUAAAAUUACCUUUGGGUCUUUUUUUCCACAGAUGGGAGUGUGAAUGAGGAUGUUGUUGUGACAAAGCCUUCCGGUAUGACCUGCAGAGAGAUACGUCGCAAUUCUGCUGGCUGCAUUAAACUGCGAGGAGAGUGUGAAAAAUGUGUAGCGAUCCAGGAUAUUGGUAAAGCCCUUCAGAUUUGUUUGUCUUUUCUCUUUUGCAACAUUCACAUAACCCAAUAUCUUCAUAACUCAGAGGUCAGAACAGGUCUGAACAAAAGCAAGCAGGAUUAUCCUUGGCACUGACAUCAUAGGGAGUAGCAUUCAUCAUGCAACAUGCACUGGCUUGUACACCUACAUUUUCAAGUCUCUAUGAUACCACAAAGCCAUGCCUUGGCUGAGUCAAGUACAACAAGUUGCUAUUACAUCACACCAGAAGUUGCUGACAUAGGGCUAAAGGGACACCAGCGAACCUGUUGACUAUUUAGUUGUGUAUUACAUGAAGUGCUGUUCUCUCGUUCAGACUGCUCGGGGAAGAAGCCUCUGGCUGGUCCUCUGAAGGAGGAGCUGGAGCAGGCCCUGGCCAUGGCUGAGAAGUUCACCCAGGAGUACAGCAGGCAGCUGAGGAGGUUUGAGGAGCAGAUGUCAAACACCUCCAGCCUGCUGGACCUGUUCAGCAAGCAGUUUGGCUGGGUGUCUGCCCUGGCAAACAACACCGACAGCAAGGAUGGAAUCUUCAAGAUCGAAACAGUGAGACUCCAUAGUCUGCAUGGGGUUUCUAUUACCAAGUAUCUUACAUCGUACCCAUUUCUUUGUAUCAUGGUCUUAUGAAUAGACGUAUGUUUAAUUGUCUUCAUCUCCUCCAAGGUCAUGUCCAAGGACACGGAGGCCCCUGAAAACCCAGGGGACACCAACGUGUCUGUGCAGCUGUUUGACACCCCUGCCAUGACCUUCAGUGUGCCUGGAGACAUUCCCUGGAACGACCCUAAGUUCUCAGAGGUGGUGGCACAGGAGGCCCUUGACCGCUACAAACAGACCACUGUGUGAGUGCUGCUCUGCUACUGGACAAAUAAUAUUGCAAAUCAAACCAGGCUUUAUUUUAAAAAAUGUGUUCAACUGCACCAUGAGACAAUGACAAGAAAUGUAUUUUAACUUACUUUAUUCCCUCUCCAGAGUCGUGAAGUAGACAUCGGAGGGCACCCCACCGUGCAUCGCUAGUCAAAGCAGAAUGUUCAGGAUAAUUUCACAAGUCAACUAUAAGAGAAGAGAAUAGAAGUAAAACCUAUGUCCUCAUCAUUGUUGAUAUUACAAGUUAUUGUAUUGCUAUAUGUUCUGUGUAACUAGAGUUCAUCCUGCUGUAAAAACCUAACUAUAAAAGGCGCACCAAGUCCUGUUUUCGUGAGGAGAAAGAAGAAUAUAGUACUAAUGUUACCCUUGACUAAA